UCCACACUAUAAUGACAAACAACUGCGAGAACAGACAGUACAGAGAGGGGGCUUUUAUUUUGACCUAUGUUGUUAAGCGCAGCAGGGGAAGUGACGUCAUAGACAGUGAGUUUCCUGCAGAUGAGGCAAAAUAAACGAUGCUGAAUUUAAUGUGUUUCGUUGAAGAACAAAGGGUCAAAUAUUACUCUAACGUUAGAUAAAGAACAAAGAGUCAAAUAUCCAGUGGUUUAACAGAAACGUCAUUAUCAAUGCUAGCGGACUCAGUGGGACGGAGUCGUGGCAGGAAGCGCUCAGCAGGAGUGGGCGGGGCUGACUCUGGUGGGCGGGGCCGAGGGAACACACCUGCAGCACAGACGAGAAGGAAAGCCGCCGAGACGGGGGAAGAUGACGAUCAGUCGGAGAAGAAGUUCAGGAAGUGUGAGAAAUCCGGAUGUCCAGCGACGUACCCUGUGUGUUUCGCCAGCGCGUCUGACAGGUGUGCCAGAAACGGAUACACGUCUCGCUGGUAUCACCUGUCGUGCGGCGAGCACUUCUGUAACGAGUGCUUCGAUCAUUACUACAGAAGUCAUAAAGACGGCUACGAGACGUUCUCCUCCUGGAAGAGGGUUUGGACCAGCAAUGGGAAGAGCGAACCGAGCCUCAAAGCCUUCAUGGCCGACCAGCAGCUGCCAUACUGGGUCCAGUGCAGUAAAGCAGACUGUGGCAGGUGGCGUCAGCUGAGUAAAGAGUCGGUUCUGACGGCUGCUCUAGCAUCAUCGUAUCGCUGCGGGAUGAAGAACAACAGCGUGAAGAGCGAAGGAAGUGAUGCGUGUUCUCAGCCGGAGGACGUGCGUGUGGCGGGUGUGACGGACAGCUGGUGGCUCUCGAUGCUCAUCCUGCCGCCGCUGCUGAAGGACAGUCCCGCUAGCCCGUUCCUCAGCGCUUAUUACCCGGACUGUGUGGGCAUGAGCCCGUCUGUCGGCCCGGGGAACCAGCGCCAGGAGCACCGCCGGACAGCGCCGCCUCACAUUCCCGGACUCUCACCGUAUUUCCAGCCCUUCUAUCAGCCGAACGAGUGUGGGAAAGCCUUGUGUGUGAGACCCGACAUGAUGGAGCUGGAUGAGUUGUACGAGUUCCCAGAAUUCUCCAGGGAUCCCACCAUGUAUCUGGCGCUGAGGAACCUGGUUCUGGCGGCCUGGAACCGGGACUGCAAGGAGGUUCUGACCCUGCAGAGAUGCGCUCCUCAUGUGAUCGUGCGCGGGCUGGUGCGGAUCCGCUGUGUGCAGGAACUGGAGCGAGUUCUGGACUUCAUGACCCGGAAGGGCCUGAUCAACACGGGGGUUCUGCAGGUCAAGCGGCCCCUCCUGCCCGAGUCCCAGCACUACAAGGUGCUGGUCAUUGGCGCCGGUGCUGCGGGUCUCGCUGCUGCUCGCCAGCUUCAGAACUUCGGCAUGCAGGUGGUGGUUCUGGAGGCCAGGGAGCGAAUCGGAGGCAGAGUUUGGGAUGAUGCGUCGCUGGGAAUGACGGUCGGACGAGGAGCUCAGAUCGUGAACGGCUGCGUGAACAACCCUAUCGCUCUGAUGUGUGAGCAGCUGGGGCUGCCGAUGCACAGGUUGGAUGUACACACACACACUCUCACACACACACCUGUGUUCUCUGUGUGCAGCUGGGGCUGCCGAUGCACAGGUUGGAUGUACACACACACACACACACACGCACACACACACACUCUCACACACACACCUGUGUUCUCCUGUGUGCAGCUGGGGCUGCCGAUGCACAGGUUGGAUGUACACACACACACACGCACACACACACACUCUCACACACACACCUGUGUUCUCUGUGUGCAGCUGGGGCUGCCGAUGCACAGGUUGGAUGUACACACACACACACACACACGCACACACACACACUCUCACACACACACCUGUGUUCUCCUGUGUGCAGCUGGGGCUGCCGAUGCACAGGUUGGAUGUACACACACACACACACACACACACACACACACACUCUCACACACACACCUGUGUUCUCUGUGUGCAGCUGGGGCUGCCGAUGCACAGGUUGGAUGUACACACACACUCACACACACACACACUCUCUCACACACACACCUGUGUUCUCCUGUGUGCAGCUGGGGCUGCCGAUGCACAGGUUGGAUGUACACACACACACACACACACACACACACACACUCACACACACACACCUGUGUUCUCUGUGUGCAGCUGGGGCUGCCGAUGCACAGGUUGGGUGCGCGCUGUGAGCUGAUCCAGGAUGGGGGACUCGUCACGGAUCCGGCUCUGGACAAGCGCAUGGACUUCCACUUCAACGCUGUUCUGGACGCCGUGUCCGAGUGGAGGAAGGACAAGCCCCAGUCCCAGGAUGCACCACUGGGGGAGAAGAUUCAGGAAGUGUACAAGGCGUUCCUGCAGGAGUCCGGCCUCCUCUUCUCUGAGCUGGAGGAGAACGUCCUGCACUUCCAUCUCAGCAACCUGGAGUACGCCUGCGGGAGCACCCUGGACCAGGUGUCGGCGCGCUCGUGGGAUCAUAACGAGUGUUUCGCUCAGUUCUCCGGCGAUCACACGCUGCUCAUUGAUGGAUACUCGUCUGUCCUGCACAAUCUCGCUCAGGGACUAGACAUCCGGCUCAAUACCGCGGUCCAGCAUGUGGAAUAUUCUGGAGACGCAGUGAAAGUCACGUCCUUCUGUGGAUCGCACUGGACCGCACAGAAGGUUUUGGUGACGCUGCCGCUGGCUCUGCUGCAGAACAACACCGUGUGCUUCAGCCCUCCUCUGCCCGAGCGGAAGCUCAAAGCCAUCCACAGCCUGGGAGCCGGAGCCAUCGAGAAGGUCGCCCUGCAGUUUCCCACACGCUUCUGGGACAGUAAAGUCCAGGGAGCGGAUUAUUUCGGGCACGUGCCAGCCAGUGUGGAGAAGAGAGGCUUGUUCAGUGUGUUCUACGACAUGCGCCCACAGGGCGAGGAGUGUGUGCUCAUGACGGUGAUCACGGGCGAGGCUCUUGCACUGGUCAGAGAUCUUCAGGACUCGCAGGUGGUGGAUCUGUGUAUGAGUGUCCUCAGAGAACUCUUCCAGGAGCAGGAGGUUCCGGAGCCGGUGAAGUUCCUGGUGACCCACUGGAGCAGAGACGCCUGGGCUCAGAUGUCCUACAGCUUCGUGAAGACGGGCGGCAGCGGCGAGGCCUACGACAUCAUGGCCGAGGACGUGCAGGGAAAACUGUUCUUCGCUGGCGAGGCGACCAACAGGCACUUUCCUCAGACGGUGACGGGAGCGUAUCUGAGCGGAGUGCGUGAGGCCAGCAAGAUCGCAGCACAGUAGAAACGUUUCACUCUCCAGAACUUUCUCAUCACAGCAGAACCGCCUCACUCUCCAGAACCGUCUCACCACUGCAGAACCGCCUCACUCUCCA